UGCACAUGUACAAGGUUGCUUUGGUGUGCACUAGGUGUCGGAAGCGAUUUGUCUGCAUGGCUCAAUAUAAAUUGCAUACCAAUUGAAGAUGCACAUCUUCAGAAAGCAAUGAUUACCGCGUUCUAAAUAGGCAUGAAAAGCAAUAUACUGUUGACUUGGCUGAGAAUCGGACAUCAUUUUUUAAUACAGCCGAAAGCUUAAGCAAUGCUUCGUCAAGUGUUGCGUCUUGUUUUGAGGAAACUGAUUUGGAUUGCGACUUAGAAAGUUUUCCAAGCCCAGAUAUUCUUACAAAGCUGUCAUGUCUGGCGAGACAGCUUGAGUCGCAAUAUCGCUGUCCGAUUGUUGGAGUUGAUGGAGUUGUUGCUAAAAUAGCAGACAUCUUACAGACUGCUGGUACCGCAAUCGAUGUGUCCGCACUCGAAAAUGACCGCGCAAGAAAGGCCCUGUACACUUCUCAGGGGAUUUAUGUUCCACCAGAGGAAGUAAAACUUCCGCAUGGUGAAAAAGCUUACUUUGUGCCACUCAAGAGACUAAUUGAAAAUUUGCUUCGUCAUCCAAUCUUUUCCCGCCACUUUCAGUCUCCAUUGCAGACUUCAAACAGUGCGUUGCUAAAAGAUUUUACUGAUGGCAUGCGAGUUCAAAUGCACCCAGUAGCAAGCACCCAAGAGAAGAACACUAUUGUGAUGCUUUUGUAUUGCGAUGACAUUGAAUUGGCCAAUCCACUAGGCAUGAAAAGAGGUCGCAGAGGCAAGCUAACAGUAUUUUAUGUCUCUUUUGUAAACCUACCACCAUCAGAAAGGUCCAAGCUAGCCAACAUUUUUUUGCUUGGAGUGGGGCAAGCAAAAGCUCUUAAAUCAUUAGAAGCAAAACAUAUGCUUCUUCAAGACUUCAUUGCCACUCUAAAUUUACUUCACAGAGGCUGCACGUUAAAAACUGUAUGUGGUGAAAAGCUCUUUUUUGGUUUUUUGCUUGCCUAUAUUGGAGACGCAUUGGCAUGUCACAAUAUAGCAGCCUUUAAGGAAAGCUUCAGCAAAAAUGUUCGCCUUGCUUGUCGAACUUGCACAGUACCCGCAUCUGAAUUUCAUAAUUUUCACUAUGAAAUUCAAUGUCCACUACGUACAGAGUCUCAAUAUAAAGAGAACCUUAGGGCAAUUGAGGCAGCUAGCUCAAAGAAAGACCGUACUGAAUUGUCAGCACAGUGCGGGAUUAAGUCAAAAUCAGUCCUCGCAGAAAUUCCUAAUUUCUCAAUACUCACGGACUUGCUGUAUGACCCUAUGCACAUUUUGUUGGAAAGAGUCAUUCCUCUGGAGUUGACACUUUUCACUAAGUUCAUUGUAAGGGAGGCAGCAUGGAUGACCUUAAGCCAGCUUAACACUGCCUUGUCUCGGUUCUGCUUUCAUAGGCAAGUGAGUAAGAGUGACUAUCCUCGCAGCUUUGAAUCUGACUUCAGUUUUCCAUUUGCAGCAAGCUCCAGUUUAAUACUCCAUCUUCAUUUUCUUUUUAUUAUUGAUGAAUAUCUGCCUGAAGAGGCUACGGAAGAACCACAUUGUGAAUGUUUUGUGCUGCUUUGCAUCAUCACACAGUUAUUUCUUUCUCCUGCUAUCUCCCCAGAUGCACAUGGAGACAUUGAGUGCCUAGUAGCACGCCAUAAUGAGCUUUUUGUGCAGCUGUAUGGUUCCAGCUCAUUUAAACCGAAAUUGCACAUGCUGGUGCACAUGGUCACUCAGAUACGGCGCUUCGGUCCUUCCCAUCAUCAUUGGACAAUGAGAUUCGAAAGUAAAAACGCUCUUCCAAAGUCGAAGAAGUUCUGGAAUUUCAAAAAUAUUCCAUUAUCUGUCGCAAAUUACUUUCAGAUGAAAAUGUCAAGUGACCUGUGGUUAGGACCAGGGCAGCCUAAGCUGAGCUUUGCACAAUGUGACACUGCACCAGCAGCCGGUGUACCAGUCAGCUUAACAUCUGAUUUUUUGCCAUGUGAACUGCAGCCUAAUGCCGUUGGUCAAACUGUUAUGUCCGUACGUUCUGCCUUUAUCUCUGGUGUCAAGAUCUCUAUUUCUGAUGUGGUUGUGUUUGAACAAAAUGACCAUGCAAUGUUUGGGGAAAUAGAAACAAUUGUACCUUGGCAAGGCAAGAUUUUCAUCGCUGUUCUGGUUCUGGUCAAAGUGAGCUAUUCAAAGCGACUGAAUGCAUUUAUUCUUCUCAAGACACCACACGCCAUAGUGAUUAAACCUGACGAUCUUUUGUAUCCUUGGCCACUGUAUACGUAUGCUAAAAAUGAGGCUUUUUAUGCUAUUACAAAAUGUAUUCAUGUGUCACCUCUGUAG